CUCUCCACGUCACUGAUGAUUUCUUUCCCUCCCACCGCAGGCUCACGUCCUCGACGCUCCCUAAUCCAGUUUCGCUGCCGCCGUGCUGGGGCAGCCGCGUACUUCCCAAUAAACCGCUCGGUUCCAUCGCCUCCGCCCCUCGGUUACCGCCGCGGUGCGGCCCCUUUAACAGCGGCGGGGGGAGGGCGGCGGUGCUGUGCUGCGCCUGCGCGGAGUGGGGGCGGCUCCGGACGCGGGUUCGAGUCCCGGCGCCGCCGGCCUGCUAGCCCCGCCACCAGUCCCAGCCCGGCCAUGGACGCGGCGCCGGAGGAGGGCCCCGCGGGAACCGAGGCUGAGCCGGACGGGCUGCCCUGCCCGGAGCCGUCCGCGUCCCGCCUGAGCGCGGUGGAGCUCGACCGCGAGCUGGACUCCCGCAGCGAGCUGAUCGAUGACAAAGAGUUCGACAUCCCUCAAGUCGAUACCCCGCCAACGCUGGAGAGCAUCCUGAACGAGACUGAUGAUGAAGAAGAGUCUUUCAUUUUGGAAGAUCCCUUUCUCUUGAACAUUGAUAACACAGAUACACACUCCUAUGACACGUCUUCUGUAGCAAGCUCUGACAGCGGGGACAGGACGCACCUGAAAAGGAAGAAAAAACUCCCAGAUUCUCUCUCUCUGCAUGGAUCAGUUAUAAGACUCUCCCUUCUGAAAGGGAUUUCUGCCCAAAUUGUAUCUGCAGCAGACAAAGUGGAUGCUGGUUUGCCUACUGCAAUUGCAGCAUCAAAUCUGAUAGCAGUGGGGACUUCUCAUGGGCUAGCCCUGAUUUUUGAUCAAAACCAGGCUCUGCGGCUGUGUCUGGGCAGCACUGCUGUUGGGGCUCAGUAUGGGGCUAUCUCUGCUCUCAGCAUCAACAACGACUGCUCCAGACUCCUGUGUGGCUUUGCAAAAGGACAGAUCACAAUGUGGGAUCUGGCCAGUGGGAAGCUGCUACGAUCAAUAACAGAUGCUCACCCCCCAGGAACAGCCAUUUUGCACAUUAAGUUUACAGAUGACCCGACACUUGCAAUUUGCAACGACAGUGGAGGCUCCGUGUUUGAACUCUCAUUUAAGAGGGUUAUGGGAGUGAGAACGUGUGAAUCUCGAUGUCUCUUCAGCGGCUCCAAGGGGGAGGUUUGUUGUAUUGAACCAUUGCAUGCAAAGGUUGAACUGAGAGACCAUCCUAUCACCCAGUAUUCACUGCUGGCCAUGGCCUCCCUGACAAAGAUACUGGUUAUUGGCCUGAAGCCAUCUUUGAAAGUGUGGAUGACUUUUCCCUACGGUCGUAUGGACCCUUCGAGUGUCCCCCUCCUGGCCUGGCACUUUGUGGCUGUACAGAACUCAGUGAACCCCAUGCUUGCGUUUUGUAGAGGCGAUGUCGUUCAUUUUCUUCUGGUAAAGAGGGAUGAUACUGGUGCAAUACAUGUCACUAAGCAGAAGCAGCUCCAUCUUCACUAUGACCUCAUCAACUUCACUUGGAUAAACUCACGAACAGCAGUGCUUCUGGACAGUGUGGAGAAGCUGCAUGUCAUCGAUCGUCAGACACAGGAGGAGUUGGAGACCAUAGAGAUUCCAGAAGUUCAGCUGGUCUACAACAGCAGCCACUUCAAGUCCCUGGCUACAGGAGGCAAUGUCAGCGAGGCGCUGGCAUUGGUUGGAGAGAAAGCUUGUUAUCAGUCCAUCAGCAGCUGUGGUGGCCAGAUCUUCUACCUGGGAACUAAGUCAGUUCACGUCAUGACAUUGAGGAGCUGGAGAGAGAGAAUUGAUCACCUUCUGAAACAAGAGCGUCUCACUGAUGCCCUGGCUCUUGCUUGGUCCUUUUAUGAAGGGAAAGCAAAGGCUGUAGUAGGCUUGUCUGGGGACACAAGCAAGCGGAAAGCAGUCAUUGCAGACAGAAUGGUUGAGAUCCUUCUCCAUUAUGCUGAUCGGACUUUGAAGAAAUGCCCUGACCAAGGAAAAAUCCAGGUUAUGGAGCAGCACUUUCAGGAUGUGGUGCCUGUCAUAGUUGAUUACUGCCUUUUGCUCCAGCGCACAGAUCUAUUAUUUAACCAGAUCUACGAUAAGAUGAGUGAGAAUUCUGUAGCCAAAGGAAUCUUUCUGGAGUGCUUGGAGCCAUAUAUCUUAAGUGAUAAGCUGAUGGGAAUCACAGCUCAAGUGAUGAAAGACUUGCUCCUUCACUUCCAAGACAAGAACAGGUUGGAAAAUAUGGAAGCCUGCAUUGUGCAUAUGGAUAUCACCAGCCUGGACAUACAACAGGUGGUCCUUCUGUGCUGGGAAAACCAUCUCUAUGAUGCCAUGAUCUAUGUCUACAACAGUGGAAUGAAUGACUUCAUCAGUCCCAUGGAGAAGCUGUUCAAAGUCAUUGCUCCUCCACUGAAUGCUGGGAAGUCUCUCACAGAUGAGCAGGUGGUAAUGGGCAACAAGCUGCUCGUGUAUAUAAGCUGCUGCUUGGCAGGCCGUGCGUAUCCAUUGGGUGAUAUUCCUGAAGAUCUGGUACCUCUGGUUAAAAAUCAGAUCUUUGAGUUUCUCAUCCGGUUGCACUCAGCAGAGGGAUCUGUGGAUGAGGAGGUCUACCCUCACAUUCGUACCUUGCUGCACUUUGACACUCGGGAAUUCCUUAAUGUUCUUGCUUUGACUUUUGAAGACUUUAAGAAUGACAAGCAAGCUGUGGAAUAUCAACAGCGCAUUGUGGACAUACUUCUGAAAGUCAUGGUAGAGAAUUCUGACUUCACCCCAUCGCAAGUUGGCUGUCUCUUUACUUUCCUUGCCCGUCAGCUGGCCAAGCCCAACAACACACUGUUUGUGAACAGAACACUUUUUGAUCAGGUCCUUGAAUUUCUUUGCAGUCCGGAUGAUGACUCCCGGCAUUCAGAGAGGCAGCAGGUGCUGUUAGAACUGCUGCAGGCAGGAGGGAUAGUGCAGUUUGAAGAGAGCCGUCUCAUCCAAAUGGCAGAAAAAGCUGAAUUCUAUCAGAUUUGUGAGUUCAUGUAUGAACGAGAGCUUCGCUACGACAAAAUCAUUGACUGCUACCUGCGUGAUCCAGUGAGAAAGGAAGAAGUUUUCAACUAUAUUCACAACAUCCUGUCCAUGCCUGGCUACAGUGCUGAAGAAAAGCAGGCAGUGUGGCAGAAAGCUUUGGAACAUGUAGAGGAGUUAUUGCUACUCAGCCCAUGUAAAGCAGCUGACUUGGUGGCCAUCCACUUCACUGAGCAGAUUGAGAGCAUCAUUGCAAACCUUCAGGACCAGUUCUUACUCUUCCAAUUUCUAAGGAGUCUGCUUGAUCCGAGAGAAGGCAUCAACCAAGAUCUCCUGCACCUACCACCCCACAUCACGGAGCAGUUCAUCGAGCUGCUGUGUCAGCACAGCCCUGACCACGUUCUGGAGACACUGAAAGUCCUGGAGUACUGCAGGCUGGAGGAAACCAUCCAGAUAACCCAGAAAUAUCAGCUCCAUGAAGCUUCCUCAUAUUUACUGGAGAAGAAGGGAGAUAUCCAUGGUGCCUUUCUGGUUAUGCUCGAGCGAUUGCAGAGCAAGUUGCUGAUGCUUACACAGGAUGAUGGAGGUUCAGCAGAAAUCCCCUUGCUCGAAAGCAUUGAAGAUACCCUAAUGAAAACUAUUGCCCUUUGCCAGAGGAAUUCACACAACCUAAACCAGCAACAGCGAGAGGCCCUCUGGUUUCCCCUGCUGGAGGCUAUGAUGUCCCCACAGAAAUUGUCUGGCUCUUCACAGUACCGAUAUGCUGAAUCCUUGAAGAGUUUGACGAUGCAAGUGCUGAACAACAUGGCUGCGUUUAUUGCUCUUCCUUCAAUCCUGCAGAGAAUUCUACAGGAUCCAGUUUAUGGAAAAGGGAAACUUGGAGAAAUUCAAGGUCUCGUCUUGGGAAUGCUGGACACAUUUAACUAUGAACAAACUCUUUUAGAGACGACCACAAACCUUCUAAACCACGAUCUCCACUGGUCCCUGUGUAACCUAAGAGCUUCUGUCACUAGAGGGCUUACCCCAAAGCAGGAUUACUGCUGCAUUUGUCUACAGCAGUACAAAAGGAGGCAAGAAAGCGCUGAUGAAAUCAUUGUUUUCAGCUGUGGCCACUUAUACCAUUCCCUGUGCCUGCUCAGUAAGGAGUGUGGGGCAGUAAGCAAAGAUGUGAUGCGGUGGAUGUGCUAUAAAUGCAACUCAAGCAGCAAGGGUGGAAAACUGAGCGAGAACUUCUCAGAGCUGAAGAAAGGAAGUGGAACCUCCUUGGCACAGACAGGGUCAGAGUCUGCAUUGGAUCCUCAGCAAAUCCAGGCCUUUGACCAACUCUGCCGACUCAACCGUGGGACCUCGCGGUUAGCUCUCCUGACUGAACUGUCCCGCGGUGGGGAGAAGCAUGGGCUGCUCAGUGUUUCCCACGGGGACUCUGCUGCCAGCAGCGUCUUCCACAAUGAGACCUUCCAGCUGCACCUGGCCCCUCCACCGCUGAUAGAUGAUUAACGCUGCUGCCUGCUCUCCUGCUGCUGGGAUGUUUUCCCAGGACGACACUGGGCUUUUUCUUCCGCCGCCAUUCCCAGAACCAUUCAUGCUACGUGGCCUUGCUGGGUGCUCACAGAUCUGCAGCAGUGGCUGAGCUCCUGGCUGAACGGCAGCUGAGGGGCAAUGGGACUGGGUGCUGUGAAGCCAAAGGUACUGAAGCACUGCAGCUGCUGCACUUAUCUGGAAGCAGCACCUGUAACUGCCAAAUAACUGCCAGUUCCACUCUACAGGAGAAGUAUGCCCAGAGUCUGCGUGCUUCAAGGGGCUGUGCUGGUUUUGCAGGUGGAUGCCAUGCCCCAGUCCCUCAUGGCAGUUGUGGAGUUUGAGGGCAAAGAAUGGGAAAACCUGGAAAAGGCUGCAGGUUGCAGAAAACUAUCUGUACGUGAGGAAGCUGAUCUAGGUACAGCGUGUUCCUACAAACCUCCAUUAAAAAGGCCCUUGGUUGAAACUAGGUGCGUGGAGCUGUGUGCAUGGGGAAUCAUUUGAAUCAGGGAUUCAAAUCACUGAGGUUAGGAAAGACCACUAAAAUCACCUGUCCAGCUGUCCAACCCACACCGCCACGUCCACUGAUUAUGUUCCUCAGUGUCACAUCUCCAUGGUUGCAGAACACCUCCAGGGAUGGUGACCCCACCACCUCCCUGGGCAGCUGCGCCAGUGCCCCACUGCUCUUUCUGAGAAGAAAUUGUCCCUAAUACUCAACCUGAGGUGCAACCCUCUUGUCCCAUCAUUCAUGUUAGCCACACCAUGUCCGUGUUACCUGGAAGAAGAGACUGAACCCCACUGCAGCUGUUUUGCAAUGUCUUCCCCAGUGACUGGGGCAGCUUUCUUCUACAGGUAAGUGGGGGCAGGGCUGUGAGGCUGCACGCCAGCCCCAGUACUUACAAACACAGGGGAGGCUGAGCUUGGCACAUCCCACAUGCUUACUGCCUUUCUCUGCCCAGCACAGCGCUCACUGGGCCGUGCCAUCUGAAGCUGUAAGCAAAUCUCUCCUGUGCUGGAAAUCUGUUUCACUGCAGCAUGGAAGACGCACAGUUAGGACAAUGAGAAGUUCAGCUGUUGAGUAUUUUAUUAAAGAAGAAAUAUACACGCCUCUCCCUGGCAGAGUGGAGCUACUGGCUCAGGGCAUCUCUUACAACACGACCGCGCAGUGUUUGUGCAAACAAAAGAAACCACGUUUCUGUGGAGUGUUUCUGAACUGGGGUGUGAUGGAGCACAGUGAGAACCCUGCCACCAUGCUGGCUGCUGGAACACCUCCACAACUGUAGCCCUGUCCCACACCAGGCUGCUCCUCUCGUGCUUCACUACAGAAGAAAGGCAGCUUAUUGUGCUUGACAUCUGAACAAAUCCUGGGUAGGAGACACUCACAGCUUGUGAAUAUUGCUAAUUACUUACAGUUAAUGUAUCCUGACGACAGUGAUAUGAAACUGCGAGACCACAGGAUCUUAUGGGAAGCCUUGGUCACCAAUGGCCAACUCCAUUUCCUCGCACACGCAACAGGUGCCCUCCUGCCUGCAGAGCGAGGUGUGCUCUGCUCAGUACCAAGGAUCCUGGAGCCACUGCCUGUGCUUGGUGCCUACAGAGGGCAAGGAGCUCCUGGCCUCAGAAACAGCCUUGCUGCUGCUGGGAUGUGGCUCCAGGAAGAGCCUCCCUUGGGCAGGAAGCUCAGACACCAGUGAGCAUCUGCAGCUCUCCACUCAGAUUACAAGUGAGAGAUUAAAUAUGAAUAAAUGUUGUAAGUUUA